AAGUUCCAUGUUUUGUAAUUAAUCGUACUGGUCCGCUCAGAGUUUCUUCAAAGACUAAACUCUUUAUACCUUGGAUGAUACUUGGAUAUGAUAAAUUUCCAACUAAGCCACUUUCGGAACUCGACACAGGAUAUACCGAGCAUACUAACACUACAGACAAUGCAGAUACAUGGAUUCAGCUUCAAAUACCUGUUAAAGGAACAGACUAUUGUUGGAUUGGCACCAACACUCUAUUUUGUGAUGACAAUCCGUCAUAUGAACUUGGAAAAACGAAUAUUUUUGUUACAUAUCAUUUCUGUUCAGCGAUAGAUAAUUAUAAUUCAUUACAAGCAUGUUAUAAACUUAAUCCCGAACAAUCACCCUUAAAAUUCAGAUUUAAUUACACAGCUGUUUUAAAAUCAAAUGACAACCAAAUUAAAAUAACUAAGGACGAAUGGAAGAGUAGGAAAAGAAAUUUCCCACAAAUUCGAAAAAGGAGCAUUUUUACGGGUGAAAAAUGGAAUUUGUCUAACGAUAACAAAUUGGUAUUUGCAAGUAUUCUUUACCCAAACACCAUUACGAUUGAAAAACGUUACUCCUUACUUUUAAAUAUUAAUCCAAGAUAUCCUAUAAUUAAGUCAUUGGUAGAUAUAACUGAAAAUCCAAAGU